CGGAAAUCAAGAUAUUGACAAUUUAAUUAAGGCAACGCAUAAUAAACAACUUAAAUAUAGAUUAGAGUGGAUCCCAUUCAAGGACUUUGUAGACAUAACGCAAAUUGGAACAGGUGGUUUUAGUGAAGUUUAUACUGCUACAUGGACAAAAGGGACACUAAAAGGUGUAAAGGGUUUUAAAAUAAAUUUUGAACGGGAUGAAAAUGUGACAGUUGUGCUAAAGGUUCUUAAAGAUUCUUCUAACAUUAAUUCUGCAUUUUUAAAAGAGUUACAAAAUAUUGUUGAAAGCCAGCCUAAUUCUGACAAACGUCAACUUGUUCAUUGUUAUGGAGUGUCACAAGAUCCGAAUACAAAUAAUUAUAUAUUUGCUAUGACUUAUAUGUCUCAUGGAAGUUUAAAUGAAUAUUUAUCAAAUAAUUUUAAAAUUAUUACUUGGAAAAUGAAACUAGACCUUCUUAGGGAUAUUGUUACUGGAAUUAAAUGGAUUCAUGAAAAUAAAAUAAUACACCGCGAUAUACACGACGGAAAUAUAUUAAUAGAUGAG